AUGUUUCCAACACUCAAUUUGUCCGAGUCCGACACCAAUCUAACCAGCACCGAUACGCAAAUACUUCUAGAACGGCACCGGCCCAUUAAAAUUGGCAUAAUAUCAGUUUUAGGAGCGAUGAUCACGUUGGGGAAUAUUGCAGUUAUUCUGGUGAUUUCUUCAUCGGUGUCCGGCUGGUCAAGGAACUCUCGAUACUUUUUACUCUCACUCACCGGUGCUGAUUCGGCGUUUGGACUGAUCAUCACGCCCUUGAAUCUGUGCGUCAGUCUUGCGAAAGACUACAGCGAAGGCCCAGACACCCUCUGUCACAUUGUGGCUUUCUUCAACGCGACGAUCUAUUCGACUUGCAUGUACACACUGGCUACAAUAAGUCUAGAAAGAUACAUUGCAGUGUUUUACCCGCUGAAGUACUCCUCACUGAUGACCAGGAGAAGAACGCUGCUUCUGAUCGCGUUUGCAUGGUGUUUUCCUCCAUUUUUACUUGUGCCCAUAUCUUUUCCUAACGGGAUAAUUGAGGUCCAUUUUUCUACAGCGUCACUAGUUUGCAAUCCAUCGUACUCUACUAACGUUGUGUACACGCUAACGUUGACGUGCCUCAUCUUCUUUCCUUGUUCAAUCAUCAUGACUUGCGCAAACCUGCGCCUUUGGUUUGCUGCAAAGAGACAGCGGUUAAAGAUGCGCACACAACACCUGGGUCGUCACAACAGACCCGACGUAGCCUCCAGGGUGCUUGUCCCUGUGAUGACUGUGUACUACACAUGUUGGACGCCGUGCAUGGCGGCAAUUAUCUAUAAUGGUGAGUAGGCCUAUAGAAGGAACCAGUUGGUUUACAUUUAGGGGAUGCGGGAAACUUUUUAAACUUGUAGAUGGAACAUCUAAAAUUCAGACAGGGUGCAUGUUUUUCCCAAAGUCACCACCCUCCUAUAUGAGCUCAGGAAAAUAACCCUAACAAAUGUAGGCUACAAGGCUGUAAAGUGGAAAUGCCAAUGUGCUGGGUGUAAGAUAACUGAGGUAGGCUGGUGAAUCAGACUGUGAUCCCGGCAACUUCUGGUAUACAGCCUGAAACUAAUCAGUGUAAACGGGGAACGUUUCCUUAUAAGCAAGAAUCUUGAAUAAAUUUACAUUACAUUUUACCCUACUGGUUGUCAGUAUAGUUGGUCGUUCAUUGGAUCUACUUCUGAGACAAAUUAGCCACAGGAAAGUGUUAUUUACCUGACUUUUUAGAGCGCUGGGAUUGCUGCUGAAUUAUCUAUCACCUGGCACAUGCGGAAAACCAUGUAAACACCUGCAAGACUUUGGUCAGUAUGCAUGCAUGUCCUUUAGGCUUGUGCACGUGCCUUGGGUCAGGAGCAAACACAUCUUGAUUGUCACACAGUCCCACAUUUUUAAGUCUGUAAUAAUACUUUUCUGUGGAUAUUUUGUCUCAAAUUUCAACCCACUGAAGAACCAACCCCACGGACAAUCGGCAGAGUAAGUUAACAUCAUUUUAUUCAACGUUCGUGAUAGACAAGGGAAGUUUCGUUUUUCGUUAUUUAUAAAUGUGUUUGCCUAAAGGCGCCGCAUACUAGGUUCGGUUUGGUAACUUGGCUAUGUGAAGUUUUUGCAGAGGAGAUCUUAGUCGUGCAAUUUUACAUCUAACUAAGAUGUUUGGUGCAGUAUUUCUCAAGUGAAAAAAUGUGCAUGAAAACUAGUCGUCUCUUCUUGAAUGACAACAAACACUUAAUUGAAGAAUCCCGUCCAUAGUUCCCACACCUACUAGAAGUAGUACUGUUGAUGAUCACUGAAGAAGGGAUGUAGACUUUGGCGAACUUUGACUUGCCUCAAGAAAAAAAUGUAUCCACGAACAGACACAGAAAAAAGAACCUGGCAAACACCAAAACAAAUAAAAAGUCACAUUUUCAUCAUAAUAUAGCCUAUGUGCAAAACUGUUUAGACUGGGAAGCAUGUGACAGGCUUUACUCAGGAGGCCUAUAUGAUGUGUUUAAUGUCAAAGCUUGUGCUUAGUCCGUCUUUUAUUUCAUAGCCCUAUGUUGGCCCUUUUAUGUAUUUCUCUCUCUCUGUUGUCUCUUCCACCAGCCAUCUCAGGAAACAGAGUUCCGGAGUGGAUGGAGUUUGUGGUGGUGUGGCUGCCAACCUCCAACGGUUUCCUCAACUGCAUCUUCUACUUCUGGAUCAACCGCAGCUUCCGUAGAAAGUUCUGCCUGCUCUUCCAGCGGCUGUGUAUCACAGUGUGCCCAGAUUUGGCCAAGGCCCUGGGCUGCACAGCCAGCUCACAGACUGGGGUAUGGGACAAUAACAACACCCUCCCGGAGCGCUGCUCCAGUGUGUCGUCAACCUGCAACCCUGAUCACCCUGGCCAGUGA